CUGGAUGCCAUCGGCCUGGACAAGUUCAUCCUGUUUGGCCACUCCAUGGGCGGACGCAACAGCAUGGCCUUUGCCGGCGAGCACGCCGAGCGGCUGGAGCGCCUCUGCAUCGUGGACAUCGGUCCCAGGAUCGAGCCCGCCGGCGGCAACCGUAUAACCAGCGAACUCCGCGACCUGCCGCCUGAAUUCGACACCUUCGAAGCGGCCCUGGCCCACGUGCAGACCGGGAACCGCUUCGCUUCGGAACCUGUCAUGCGCCGCCGCCUCACUGGCCAAACGCAACAGUUGCCCAACGGCAAGCUGGGCUGGAAGUUUGACCCUGAAAUCCGCGAGCAGCGCGUCAACGGCACGGCUGCUCCAUCGGCUGACCUUUGGCCCACGCUGGACCGAAUCGCCUGCCCCACGCUGCUGGUACGAGGCAUGGAAACCGACCUGCUCGCCGAGGAAACCGCCCAGCAGAUGGUUGCCACGCUGAAGCAGGGCACCCUGGCCCAAAUCCAGCGCGCCGGCCACAUGGUGUUCGAGGACAACCCGGCCGAUUUCAUCGAAGCCGUGAAGGGUUGGCUGGCCAGCUAA